CCCCGCGCCGCCGAGUCUCCUCCCCCGCCCGUGAGAAGGAGGAGCCGCUGCCGCCGCCGCGCCCGAGCCCGGGAGGCCACGCCAGCCCUGGGGACAGGCCGAGCGGGAGCCGUGGAGCACAGGCCGAGCCGGGCGCGGGCCAGACGCCGCGGGAGAAGAUGAAUUUACAACUGAUUUUCUGUAUUGGACUGAUCAGUUCAGUUUGCCUCGUAUUUGGCCAAGCAGAUGAAAACAGAUGUUUAAAAGCAAAUGCCAAGUCAUGUGGAGAAUGUAUCCAGGCCGGGCCCAACUGUGGGUGGUGCACAAACGCAACAUUUUUACAAGAAGGAAUGCCUACUUCUGCACGAUGUGAUGAUUUAGAAGCCUUAAAAAAGAAGGGUUGUCAUCCAGAUGACAUUGAAAAUCCCAGAGGCUCCAAAGACAUAAAGAAAAAUAAAAAUGUAACUAAUCGUAGCAAAGGAACAGCAGAGAAGCUGCAGCCAGAAGAUAUUACUCAAAUCCAGCCACAGCAGCUGGUGCUGCAGUUACGCUCAGGGGAGCCACAGACAUUCACGUUGAAGUUCAAGCGUGCCGAGGACUACCCCAUCGACCUCUACUACCUCAUGGACCUGUCCUACUCCAUGAAGGACGACCUGGAGAAUGUGAAGAGUCUGGGGACAGACCUGAUGAAUAAGAUGAAGAGGAUUACCUCAGACUUCAGAAUCGGGUUUGGCUCAUUUGUGGAGAAAACUGUGAUGCCUUACAUUAGCACCACACCAGCUAAGCUCAGGAACCCCUGCACGAGCGAGCAGAACUGCACCAGCCCGUUCAGCUACAAAAAUGUGCUCAGCCUCACUGACAAAGGGGAGGUAUUCAACGAGCUCGUGGGGAAGCAGCGCAUCUCCGGGAACCUGGACUCUCCGGAAGGCGGCUUUGAUGCCAUCAUGCAGGUUGCAGUGUGUGGGUCACUGAUUGGCUGGAGGAAUGUGACGCGGCUGCUGGUGUUUUCCACGGAUGCCGGGUUUCACUUUGCUGGAGAUGGGAAGCUUGGUGGCAUUGUUUUACCGAAUGAUGGACAGUGUCACCUGGAAAAUGAUGUGUACACAAUGAGCCAUUAUUACGAUUAUCCUUCUAUUGCUCACCUUGUCCAGAAACUAAGCGAAAAUAACAUUCAGACGAUUUUUGCAGUUACUGAAGAAUUUCAGCCUGUUUACAAGGAACUGAAAAAUUUGAUCCCCAAGUCAGCAGUAGGAACAUUAUCUGCAAAUUCCAGCAACGUGAUUCAGUUGAUCAUUGAUGCGUACAAUUCCCUCUCCUCAGAAGUCAUUUUGGAAAACAGCAAGUUGCCAGAAGGCGUAACAAUAAAUUACAAGUCUUACUGCAAGAAUGGGGUGAAUGGAACGGGGGAAAACGGGAGAAAGUGCUCCAACAUUUCCAUUGGCGAUGAGGUUCAAUUUGAAAUCAGCAUAACUUCAAAUAAAUGUCCAAAUAAGGAUUCUGAAACGAUUAAGAUUAAGCCUCUGGGCUUCACUGAGGAAGUGGAGAUUAUUCUUGAAUUCAUCUGCGAAUGUGAGUGCCAGAGCGAAGGCAUCCCCAGCAGCCCCAGGUGCCACGAUGGCAACGGGACGUUCGAGUGCGGGGCCUGCAGGUGCAACGAGGGCCGCGUGGGGAGGCAGUGCGAGUGCAGCACGGACGAGGUGAACAGCGAGGACAUGGACGCGCACUGCCGCAAGGAGAACAGCUCCGAGAUCUGCAGCAACAACGGCGAGUGCGUGUGCGGCCAGUGCGUGUGCCGCAAGAGGGACAACACCAACGAGGUCUACUCUGGCAAGUUCUGCGAGUGCGACAACUUCAACUGCGACCGCUCCAAUGGCCUCAUUUGCGGAGGAAACGGUGUCUGCAAGUGUCGCGUGUGCGAGUGCAACCCCAACUACACGGGAAGCGCGUGUGACUGCUCCUUGGACACGUCCUCCUGCCUGGCCGUCAACGGGCAGAUCUGCAAUGGCCGGGGCGUGUGCGAGUGCGGCGCCUGCAGGUGCACGGACCCCAAGUUCCAGGGGCCCACCUGCGAGAUGUGCCAGACCUGCCUCGGGGUCUGCGCUGAGCACAAAGAGUGUGUUCAGUGCCGAGCCUUCGAUAAGGGAGAGAAGAAGGACACGUGUGCCCAGGAGUGCUCCCACUUCAACGUCACCAAGGUGGAGAGCCGGGACCGGCUGCCGCAGCCAGGCCAGGUGGACCCCCUGUCCCACUGCAAGGAGAAGGACGUGGACGACUGCUGGUUCUACUUCACCUACUCGGUGAACGGGAACAACGAGGCCACGGUGCACGUGGUGGAGACUCCAGAGUGCCCCACCGGCCCAGACAUCAUUCCCAUUGUGGCCGGGGUGGUGGCUGGCAUUGUCCUCAUUGGCCUUGCGUUGCUGCUGAUUUGGAAGCUUUUAAUGAUCAUUCAUGACCGAAGAGAAUUUGCCAAAUUUGAAAAGGAAAAAAUGAAUGCCAAAUGGGACACGGGUGAAAAUCCUAUUUAUAAGAGCGCCGUGACAACUGUGGUCAAUCCCAAGUACGAGGGGAAGUGAGCCCCGUCUCGCGAGCCACAGCACUGGGUGCAGCGCAGCCCCUGCGGUCACGGCGAGGGCUUGGAGCGCGCCGGGCCGCCCUCAGGUGCACAUUCUGAAAAUGUACAAUAUGUAUAGUUUGAAGAUUUUUUUUAUUAUUUUGAAAAUAAUGUUAUAAUCAAUACCAGGGACUGACAGAGACUUGAGACAGGAAUGGGCAUCCUUGUGAGCUGAGGUCUCGUCGUGCCUCUCUGACCUCUUCUCCUGACUGGGAUCCAGCUUCUGUUGGAUUCAGUGAGAUUUCUGAUGGGAUCGGAGGGGCGGCGGUUGAAGGGAUGAGUCUGAUGAGAGUUUGUUAAGCACGCAUUAAACCUGAUUUUUAGCUUUGCGGGUAUGUCCGUUUUCAGUUAUACAGAAUCCAGAGUUAAUGUCCUGCCAGCUGGUAAGAACUGUUUUAAAUUUUCUCUCCUGCUAUUUGCCUGUUAGACAUGACUGGUGACAUAUCUGAGAGAUGAGGAUGUUGAGAGUUACUGAUGUAAAAUAAUUUUGAAGUCUUAGGUCUGCAAAGGCCAUGGGGAAAAGUCAGAGUUAGGAAGGGAAAAUAUAGCUUUAAAACCUGUGUGCCAUUUUAAGAGUUACUUGCUCUGGGUAACUUUUAUGCCUUCUCUUUUUAAAUUCAAGCCUUGGAUAAAAGUAUUGGGAAAUUUUCUGCAAAAAAGUCCUUGAUUUAGCAUUAUUUACAUAAAGGCCUUAAUUUACACAGCAUUUGCUGAAUUGGGGACCUUUGGGUGAAUUUAUUUUAUCUUACUCAUUUUAUUUUGUUUAAAGCCUGGUGCUUUUUAUCACCUCUUCUAAUCAUGCGUUUGUUUGCAGUUGUGGGUAGGACUCUGUUUAUCAGUACUUUUUUGUUGCUGUUUAGCUGUACAUUUGCCUUUUAACGAGCACGUGAACUCGUCCCGUGGCGCAGGCAGUAGCCGUCACUCACGCAGUGCUUGGAGUUAGCGCGUUAACGCUAGACCACGUGCAUUCACUGCUCACGGAGUUCCCCCUGGGUUUCAUACUAGUCACAUUCUUUUAAGUGCCUUUUAAUUUUAACAGUUCACUUUUUACAAUGCUGUUUACUGAAGUUAUUUAUUAAAUAAAAAUGCCUGAAAUACUCA